UAUUUACAGUAACAGCAUUAUUGAUGAAUAACAUUGACGGUGGACAAGGAACAGGGAACUAAAGAUCAUGCUUGCUGGAGACCAACUCAUUCUAGAAGAAGAUUACGAUGAGAACUAUGAGCCCACUGAGCAUGAGAUAAAGGAAUAUGCUACUGACAUUUUAGGCUUGUCACUUGCUAGUGAUGCUGAAUUUAUUUGGAUAGCUCGACAGGGAAUCAAAGAGCCAUUGCCUCCCGAGUGGAAACCUAUCCAAGAUGUAUCUGGUGAUAUCUAUUAUUUUAAUUUCGAAAAUGGCCAAAGUAUGUGGGAUCACCCAUGUGAUGAAUACUACAGAGGACUUUAUCUGCAAGAAAAGAAAAAGAAAAAGGAGCGUCUUGUAAAAGAUAAAUCAAGAGAUAGAUCAAAAAGUAAUUCUAUAUCAGAGAGUAAUAAAGAAUCAAAAUCUAAUCAAUCAAGAUCUAAGAAUUGCAGUAAAUCUGAGAGUACUGCAAAGCUUCCAAAGCUUGCUCCUCUUGGAAAGCUGGCUCCAAUAUCAGCAGGCAAAUCAUCAAAAAUUUCAGAAAAUGAUUUGUCUGAAGCGUCAAAAAGUUUUAAUGCCAAAGAUUCUUCUGAAGCACUGGUCUCAGAGAAAACACCUAUGAUCCCGUCAACCUCAGUAACUCUCGACAUUAACAAGUCAAGACCUACAGGUCGUAUGGCUCUUGCCUAUGAAGAUUCUGAAAGCUCCAGUUUCAAUGAGAAAGUUGGUUUAAAGAGGCAGCAGGAAAAGUCUAAAGUUUUGUCAAAGGUUGAAGAUGAAAGUGAUGACGACAUAGAUUUUGGACUGGACCUCCCCAAAAGCAUGCAGAAUGAUCGAGCAGGUUCCCCUCCAAACAUGUUGAAAGACUCUUUAAACCUCACUUCCUUCCCAGUGUCAAGUCCCCGAAUAAAAACUGACAGCGACUCAAGAAGUCAAGUGACACACAAAGAAGCAAUCUCAUCCUACAGGGGGAAUUUAGAGGCUGAACUAGCCAAAGAAAAGCAAAAGUUGAAAAAUAAGUAUGAUGGUGAGAUGGAAAGAUUGAAGCAAGAGAAGGAGGAAGAAUUUGCAAGAGAGAAACAAAAGAUAGCUAGUGAUAAAGAGGCUAGAAUUCUUAAAUUGAGGCGUGAUGCUGAACAAGAUAUCGAGAAAGAACAAAGCCAAAGCAUUGACAAAAAAGCCAAAGAGUUGGAAUCAUUGAAAGAUGUAAUUACCUCUGAACUUGGUCAAGAGAAAGAUAACCUUAUAGAAAUGAAAGAUUUUGAGAUAAGGAGGAUCAAAAAAGAACAUGACGAGGAAAUCGAUAGACUCAAAGAUGACCUUGAAGACGAGUUGAACAAAAUGAAACGAAGCAAUGAGUCGAAACUCUCUGAAGAAAUUGAAAAGCGUCGUCAAGAAAUAGAGCAAGACAACCAAGAAAGUUUCGGUGAGUUCAAGAGAAAGCAAAACGACGACUUGGAAGAGAAGAAAUCUGCUCUGAGGAUGGAGAAUGAGGAUAAGAUAAGGCGAUUCAAGCAAAGUCAACAACUGGAGAUUGAUAACGAGCUGACUGACCUGAAAAGAAGUUUAACACAAAAGUUGAAUCGUGAAAAGGAAUCUCUAGAACAAGAUCAUCAGCUAGAAUUGUCGAACUUUAGGCAGAAAGUCGAAUUAGAACAAAAGUCCAAAAUGUCUCAAAUGGAACAGGAAACACUCGACUCCAAAAUGAAAAUCUUAAACCUCGACAUGGAAAAAAUGCUUGAACAGAAAAAAGCUGACAUUGCAUUAAACCAUAAACAAGCCUCGAUGAAACUUGAACACAGCCUUGAGGAAGAACUAGAGGAACAACGUGAUGCUCUAAAGAAGAGAAAUAAUGCCGAGCUCAAUAAUCUGGAACAUGAGCUCACCAAAAGAAAGGACAAGGUUGUGAAGGAUCAAGAAGAGCUGCUGUCUGACUUACAAUCUGAAUUUUCUGCCCAGAAAAGAGCAAUUCAAGAAGAGCACAACGACCAGCUAAAAUAUUUACGAGACAGAAACAAAAGUGAACUUGAUAUGUUGAAUCUUGAGAAGACAAGUGCUGAUGAGGAUCUUAAAACUGCAACUGCUAGAGUCCAAAACACGAGGGAUCGAUAUGAGAAAGAGGUUCAGGAAAUCAAGAAGAUGGAGAAAGAUUUGAAAGACCGCAGUGAUCAGCUCACUGAACAAAUCAGAUCUGUAGAACUAAGUCAAAAAGAAUUUGAAGCUGAGAAGAGCAUCAAAAUGACCACAGAACUGUUGGAGCUGCAAAAUCAAAUAAAAGUCAUGCAUGAGGAGAUUGAGAAGUUAAUGAACGAAAAACGAGGAGUCACCGAGAAAUUGAAUGAGUCGAUCAAAAGACAAAACACUGAGGAAAAACAUGCCUCUGAAUUUAAAAAUCUUUCUGAAGCAGAGAUGUCUGUAUUAAAGAGUAAAAAGGUUGAUAGUGAGGCCGAAAUAAAGCGUUUGGAAGCACACAAACAUGAUCUCCAGAUGGAGGUAAAGGAGUUGAGGCAUCAGGUAGAACUUUUGAAACUUGAUGUGAAGCAUGGUAAGACAAAUGGUCACGAGAAAACAAAUGGUAAGUCCAAUACUCCGAGGAAAACAAUACCGCCAUGUUCAAGUGACGAUUCCGAUUCAAUUGAGCUCAUAAAACUGAACGGUAAAACCAAGAUUCCCUCCAAUUUCCCAAGUCCAUUAAGUGACACAGACGAAGAAAACCUUGAAGACCUGAAACAAGUGUCUCGGCGUCUGAAAGAUGUCAGAGUAAACUCUCCUCUAAGUCCAGAGGAGAAGAAAUUUGCGACUGCUAAGGUCAGGAAAGAACGCCACAAGCUGAACCUUGAUUACAAAAAGAAAGAAUUCCGUCGUCUCAAGAAAGUUCAUGCAUCGAAAACUGCCACUUAUCUUCAAACUCUGGAAAAUCACAUGCUUGAAUCUUCACCAGAAACAACUGAUUUCAUUGAAAAUAUCAAUGCCGAGAUCGGUAACGAUGCUAAACUUCUUGAGAAGAAACUUCAGAAGUUAAAGAUGGAUCAGGUGUCGUACAGAAACCGUCUCCACAAGAUAAAGUACGAGAACAAUAUAGAGUAUGAUGACAGUGACACUUCAGUUUCAGAUGAUUUCCUGAGGCAUAGUAAACCCCUCAAGAAAUCUAAACGUGGCCGCUCCGCCAGUCCUGGAUCCCAGACAAGGGUUUUAAAAUCACUUUCAAAGAUAAACGGUGAACUAUCAUCUGUUUUAGACAUGUUUCAAACUAACUUGACCAGCAAAGAUAUGAAUGAUACGACGGUAGCGCAACCCAUUUAUGCCUCUACUCCGAUGACCAAAGUCGAGCCUAAAUGGACACAGGCUCGACAUCAAGCAAAUGAUAUGUUGGCACAAAAGUGGAAAACAUAUUUUGGUUCAGAAGGCAUGACGAUAUCGACCGAGAAAUCACAAAUGUGUUUACCUGUACAGUACAACUAUGAUCCCAAAGAACAUGUCCAGCAGUUUAAAAAGGAGCAGCUAUGUUGGCUUUCAAAGAACAAAUCAACUACAGACUUGCUGGCGAGUCACUCAGAAUGGCUCAGGGACUUUAAAGAACAAGUUGGAAUGUCAUCAGGUAAUUUCCCAAACUACAACAGAAGUGGAAAUAUGAGCGACUCAAAUAAAUUCAAUAACUUGUUCAACGGAUCACCCAACCCACCAGGCUCCCCCAACAGAGAUCAACCGUGGAGAUGAUCAAAUGGAAUGUGAAAACUUUGUGUUCUGUGAGAGAUCAAAGAUUGUAAUAUUCAGAUUUAAUGUUGAUGUGUCUAGCCGAGAUCAGAUGUGUGUUCCAUGUGCAGUGCUGAAUAGGAUAUCAGAUCAGUGUAUUUGUUGUUUUUGUGCUGAAUAAGUUGAUGUAAAACUAAGUGUGAUUGUGGAAUGUGGUUCACGUGUGAAAAGCUGUUUUAUGAAUGUGGAACAUCUAUAAGAAUACGUACGUAUUGUUAUUUGUUACAUACACUGGACAGUGGACAGGUCAUUUUUACUUUAAGGGAUCUUUUUAUACAUCUCUUACAAUUGCUGGGCAAUCAGUGUUUUAUCUUCGUUGACUUUUGUAGAACCCACCAAAACAUGCAUCGACAGCUCAAAAGGUUCUUAAAUUGAAAUUUUUAGAAUAUCAUUAAAACAUUGUGUGUGAUUCAUGCCAAAGAUGACAUAAGAUUCAUGACCGAAAGAUGAUUAGAUGAUUAUGAUAACAGUUUAUUGAUUGGUAUAUUAUCAUUACCGUAAAACUUAUCAGUGUGAUGGAUUAUUGUUAAGUGGACUUAGUUUUUGGUAUAUGUGAUUUUAUUUAUUUUUGUAUGAUGGUAACAUUAUGUACCAAGUUUUUCUUUUACAUAAUCUUGUUGUGGUCAUUGUAUUUGCAACUUGUCAAGCUUUGAUCCCAUGAAAAAAUUCAAAAUUGCCCAUUUGAAUAUCUGAUUGGUAAUCAAAUUGUCGAUAUAAAAGAAAUAUUGCAAAUUAGUACAUUAGCAUUCCACCUUCCCCCAGAAGUCAAGUUUCAGAACAUCUUACAACACUUAUUAACAUUGUUAGUAACAACACUUAUUUUAGUUUGGUAUUACUAUGACAUACCGGAGCUUCAGCCCCGCCAGGAGUCGCAGAUACCCGUGUCUCAGAUACCCGUACUGAAUGGAGUUAAAGGGGAGCAGAUUGACAUUCCCCCUCCCAGACGCGGAGGAGAGGGUAUUGACUCUGAGUAUAUUGCACUUGCUAAGGCUGGCGGCAGAAAGGAUCUGCUUCUCUACAGAGAGAAGAAGAAGAACAAGGAAGUAAAGGAGUAUCAAAGAGUAGACUGGUUUGAUCACCCUGAUAUUAGCCCUGAUGUCUUGGUGGGUAAACCACGUGUCAGACAAGCUCCCAUUCCUCCUGCUGUGACGGGUAACAAGAAACCAGUGUCGAUGUUAACAGAGGAUGCCCCCUUUGGAGUUGAUAAAUUUAAAACUUGGGGUAAAACUGAUGAGGAAGAUCAAGAUCAGUAUCUGACACGCCAAGCGAGAAAACAGCGAGAAAUGAACCGAACCAGAGCUCCUCCUGCUCCUCUUCCCCUUCCAGAUCCUAUAUUUCGUACUCACAAGAGAGUCGACAAACCUCCUCUGGGUGAGGUAGCGGACCAAGUCAGCUUCUCGCAUUUGUUAUCUCAUGGCUAUCAAGUGGAUUGGGGCAAGGAUAUGGCUGAGACAAGAAAGCAGAAAAUGGAGUCUAAGAGGAGAGUUGAACGCGAGCAAAAGGAGAAGCUGACUCAACAUUUGACAGAUAUGAAGAAAAAUAACGCGACUACGGUUCCUGAUAAACCCCUGUUCAAGAUUAAGAAGUUCUCAAACGUUGCACCAAAAGUUGUCAAUAGCUAACAUUUGACAAGACGUUGAAGACAUUUUUGCAGACAUUUAGCUAGAGCAUAGCAGAUAAUCAGACUUGUAUAAAAAAUACACGUAUAAAUAGACUUGGCUAUGGGUGCAACGAGGAAGUUUGUUGUGACACGUGACAACGAAGUGUGUAUCUAAUUGGUCACGUUGUCACGUGUCAAAACAAACCAUCUUGCCUCAUCCGAAGUCAUUAGUCAAGUUGGUACCAUGUUGAUGUACAAAUUUGAAUACGCGGAUGUUGUAACAUGUAACUUGUAGCCUUACGCCGUAUUUGUUGACUCUUUGAUGUAAAUACGAAACUUGCUUUUCUUUGUAACGAAGGUUUUUAAAUAUUUACUUAUAAGAUACUCUAUUAUAAAAUUGUUCUAA